AUGUCUACUUCCUCCACAUUCAGCACGAGGCCGGCUGCCUCCAGGAAAACCCCCCCCGCAGAAUACAACCACAAUCCUUUCGAGCCCGUAUCGGACGACAACGACGACGACGACGAUGAAUGGUGGAACGAAGAAGCUACCUCUGGCCUCACGCCGCCCAAAGCAAAAGAGCCAAGUUCCAAAAUCCGAAUCACAGAAUGGCCCAAGCCGCCCACUGGUCUUGGGAUGACUUUCAAGACAGAGAAUCGCAGUCAUAGCCGGAAACCACCAGGCAGGAGAUACUCUGUACAGAAGCUGUCAAGAGACAAGUCGAAAGGACGGCAGAAAAAGCAGAAUGCAAAGGCUGGGAUAAAAGUUGUGACGAAUUUCUCUCGGCAUCAAUCAGAGGAAACACCGGUACAGCUACAACCCUCUCGGACGGCGCCUCAGAUGGGAGGAUGCUUCGUUGAUCUGGCUGCGCUGCAGGCGCUGAAUGGGGGAUCCUCGCAGUCGAGUGGGUUUUGGAAGACGAAGAAGAACAAGGUGCUGACCAGGGCGCCGAACAUUGCGCCUUCUCUAUCGGCUGUGCCGUCCUCGUCUUCAGAUUUAGCAAGCCCAGUGAUUCCUACUAUCUCGGAGCGGCAGCGUUCAGACACGCUGGACUCGUCUCCUUCGAGAGGCAACGACGAGUUAUCACCAAACGACCGCCCGAUAGUUAUCGGUUUAUCUAUAACUACCGAGGACGCCACAGGACACACCCUGAGUCCACAAACAGCAGCAUCCGAAACAUCGCGAAUAGUCCGAAAUUACGAAAUCCGCACUCCCGUGAGUCGCGCACCCGAUACUCCAACUAUCAUCAUUACACCUGCAAAAGAAGCUUCUCUUUGGUCACCAACGGAGCAAGGAGUCGUCCGUCCUACUCCCAGCUUAUAUUCAGCCAAUGAUAGAUAUACAGCAAAAGAUGCACCUCCUGUGCCGCAAAUGCCUGCUUCGGUUCUCGAGGACGAGAGACAACGAGUGGCUGCUCAGAGAAGUUAUUUCUCUCCGGACUCGGUCGAUGUGGCCACCUGGAGCGACGAGGAUGAAACCCGUAAAUCUCGUGUGGUCUCGUCAUGCACAGUAUUUGAGGAGGAUGAAAGUCCCGUCAUUGCAAAGUCAGCUCGUGCGGUAUCUGUGAAUACCAGAUCGAAUUGCGAGCGCCAUGCAAGUAUAAGUACAGUCGCGACUCGGAGACGGUCGAGAGGAUGGUGGAAUUACAUUACAACACCGUUUCUGACAAGAUCAAACACUUUUGCGCACCGGGAUACCGACACUAAGGCGCCUCCAGAUCUGCCAAGCCUUGCAAUCGCAGCAACGAAAGCCCAGGAUCACGAAAGAAGUGGGAAGAUGUGGGAGAAGCAAUUCUCCCCAUUGACCCCGGAGACUUCUACGUCUGAUAAUUCGGACCAGUGGUGGGUCACAGACCCGAAACAUGGAAACCAAGCCGGUCAAUCGCCGAUUCUCAGAGAGACUCGGCAUAAGCCGCAAACUUCUUCGGGCACUCUCCAGAUGGUUCUCUCUGGGACGGUAGGCUUUGGGACGGCCAUCGUGUCGAGCAUUGCAUCCGAAGCUGGCCAGCUGAGCCGAGAGAAUACAUCUGCUUCGGCUCGAUCUAACUCUAGCUUUCAUUCCACAACGGAUAGGGUGGUACCGGUCCUGAGCGGCGCGCCUGCAAGGCCACUCCGAGGCAAUAAUCCAUUUGUGCAGCCCUGCUUAUCAGAUCCCAAUGAACGUUAUAGUACUGUUCAGGCAGUCAACAUAGGUAUUGAAGCAAUUAGGGCUGAACAAAGCAGGAAUGGGCAACAUAUACAAUCGCCAUCUGCUGGGCCACCGCCACCAUACUCUCCAUCUCCUGUCCGCGUCAAGUACAAGGCGGUGUUCCCGCCAGGACAUGCUCUUGGUAUCCAAUCUCCUACUUCUCCGGGCCCCAUGAGUCCUGGGCUACAACAAGCGAUGUCAUCUACGGGUGCAAUCCCUAUGUCUGAAGUACCUCUGACCCCAGUCGGCCGUCGACCAAUCAAUCUGAAUUCUGUAUAUCCAGAAUUACCUAUUAGACACAUGGACGUGCCUGUCACGGGUGAACACUAUGGACCGCCUCCUCAGAUGCCAACAAAGGCAGAAGCAAGACGCAGGAGACACGAGAAGGAAGAUGCGGCUGCAAGAAGAGUAGGGGGCUGGUGGAGGGGACGCGGCUGCAUUCCCGACAGGGGAUGCUACGGACGCACUGGACCCGAAGGCCGCAAGAGACGUCGAUGGUACAUCGGAUUGACAGUUGGCUUUCUGGUGAUGAUCAUCAUCGUCGUGAGUCUCGCAAGUACACUACACCGAGAAUCAAAUACGAUCGUUGAACCAUCCCAAUGGCUUAACCUUACCGGAUUCCCGCCCAUCUUCCUUGGGAUGUCAACAGUUGCUGCUCCAGUCAACAUCCGAACCAAUACUGGAUGCAUAUUUCCAGCUACACAAUGGAGCUGUGAUGUACCCAAAGAGCUGCAGGCAUCAAUUGCACCUAAUCCCUCGAAUCAGCCCAAUUUCUUUCUGCAUGUGCAGUGGGAUAACAGCAGUUCGACUAAUGCUACAUUCACCAAUGUCACGGGGAAUCCAAAUCUGGUAGAUCGGCGCGCACUUUCAGGGCCUGUCUUUGCGAGACAAAUCGUCAGAAGCUUUCUACUCAAAUCUCGUCAGAUUGUCGCAUUUGCUCCGAAUCCAGCACCACCUUCCUUUGCCGAGGAUUUUUUUCUUGGCAACUCAACGGACGGCAUCAUCUCAGAUGAUAAAGCCGGCGAGCCAACACCGUUCUACAUCUCGUUCCUCCCAUCUCCUAACUCCGCACUUCAAAAGCGCUCUCUCUCCGUUCCACCGCUCUCAGCACGCCAAGCUUCGAGCCCUUCAGACCUCUUCCCAAACUUGUCGUCGAUCAUCCCACUUCCAUCUCUAAACGCGGACAAGACGGCCGCACCAGCAAAUUUGCUCCCGUUCCCAACUCAACAGCCCAUCCGUCUGUAUGAUCGCGGUUUACCAACAGAGCAUUACGGCUUCUACACGUAUUUCGACCGCUCUAUCUUCCUGAAGAGCCUGGAUUUGCUGAACAGCAGCAACUUGGAUAGUGGGGAAGUGCCCGCUGACCGAAACGGCGGCUCCACAGAGGCGGAGGCAAAGUUCAGGUGUACGUGGAGCCAGACGCGGUUCCUGGUGCAGAUGUGGACGAGGAUGAACGGCACCGCUCAACUGCUCAACGCUACUACUUCUCAGCCACCCUCUCACCCCUCUCCUUCAGACACGGAGAGCGCUGCUACGUGGCUCACCCAGCCCGGCUCCUUUCCCUAUCCCAUCACCAUCACCACCGACCGCCACGGCGGCGACCCCGCCAAGAAGAUGGUGUACUGCUACGGGCUGGACGAUCGCUCGAAUGUCAUCCUGGACAGCGGGAAGCUGAAUGGGGAGAAUCGCGCGUUUGGCGGGCAGGCUUUUAAUCCGGCGCCGAGCCUCUUUGGGGACGAUGGGAGUUUGCCGGGACUAGGGGGAUUUGAUGGCGGAACGGGGGGUUGUAGUUGCGCUUGGAGUAAUUUCGUGAGGUUGAAGAGCGGCUGA